AAGAUUCCUCCUGUGGUCUUGCAUCAUGGAGGCCUGCAGUAAAUCCAGCAGUCAACAGAUUCUGUGGAAAGAUGUUGAGAUGGAAAAAGAGAAGAAGGCCAAGUACCACAUUUACCAGCGAGUGGCUCUGGCUCUGGCUCUGGUCUUCCUUUUUCUGGCCCUCUGUGUUUUCAGCCUGAGAUAUCUGUGGAGCCCCAGUCUGGGGAAGGUGUAUGACCACCAGUACAAAGCCGUGGUGGAUGGAGUGGAGAGAGACGGUAUGAUGGAGAUUGACCCAGGUCAGCGCAUUGAGAUUUUUAGAAUGGGAAACGGCAGCGAGGAGGUACUUGAAGUGCACGACUUCAAGAAUGGAAUCACUGGGAUCCGGUUUGCCGAACAUCAGAGGUGCUACAUCAGGACCCAAACCAGGCAACUACCCACGGUGGCAGAGGUGGAGGCUGAGGAUGCAGAGCUACUGGUGGAUGAGACAGAGGCCACGGAUAUGAAGGUGGAAGACUCCCAAGUGUGGGUUCCUGCUGAGGAGCCCAUCGUUAACCCAGCCUUCCUCUUUGACUCCAAGAUCUGGGAGAUUUGCCAGGACCUGCCCAUCCAUUGGAUCCAUCCUUCCCCUCUGAGCGAUGCUGAAGUGGGAAACGUGGACGCGCCCGACGCAGAGGUCACAGGUCAGCGUUUCGCCCGCGACGUCCUGGACCACCCUCCUGUGAACGACUACAGAGAGGUUGGGAUUGAGCUGGAUAACCGUCUGGAUGACAAUGGCUACUGCUGCCAGCACUGUCGCCGUGGUUACCGCUUCUGUCGCCGCUACAACGAGCCCCUGGGAGGCUUCAACCCGUGGCCUUACUACUACCAAGGAGGCCGGGUCAUCUGUCAGAUUGUCAUGCCGUGCAACUGGUGGAUCGCCCGCAUGCUGGGGAGGAUCUGAGGAGGGCGCAGGCCGUCUGUGUCUGUAUGGGAUUUAAAAUGUUAUGUCGUUAUAGGUACAAAUUCUGCUUUUAUAUCCCAGACCAUUGCACACAAUUAUGAUCCAAUCUGUAGGUU